CCGAGCGACAACAUAGUGUUCGCUAGCGCUGCUAGCAAACAGCUAAUUCUGCCGUUGCUGAGACUGACACCGGAAAACUCGGCAUUUUACGCAAGCUGAAGGUGACUUUAUGCUUAACAUGGACCCACUGAAUGACAUUGCUUCUUAGUUGACAGCUGGGUUUAUUUAAUGGACAACAGUAGGCGUUAGGUGGACAGCAUAGCUUACCUUACGCUGUGGCUGCUGGCUAAGGUAGCUUACUGUAGCCCCGAAGCUAGCGUGACUAACGUCUGUUACGUCCGCAGGAGAGCAUUCUGACUUGGAGGAAGGAAGGAAGCUGAUAAGUAGGACCGCUGCUCAUGCAAAGCUAGCACACUUUUGGACUCCCGAGUUCACACUGUGACGCAUUUAGAAAAGGUGACUAUCUGGGCACCCCGUGCGACAUUUGACACUAUUUGUUUAAUAAGAUAUGCUGUUAGUUGCCGUAGCAAGCUGUUAGCAACACGUCUCUUGUUUAGCUGCACAGCGGACGUCAGCUAGCCACCUAGCCAAAAACUUCUAAAGAAGUUGUGCAAGUCAGACUUAGCAGAUUGAUUGAUUCGGGUAACUAGCUGGGCGGUGUUUUAAUCAUUUUUUUCCGUCGGACUCUUUAACUCUGACCCGCUCCAGCAGCAGGGCGACCGGAGAAACUCAUGGCAUCGGAUGUGAUUGAGAGUGAAGCGGUGCUGAAGGGUGUUAGUGAUACGAGUUUGAACAAUAGCAGCCAAGAGUUUGUCAAACCCAGGAGGACUCAUGAGGAUUUGGCCAACAAACAGACUUCCAGUCCCUCAUCUUCCGGGGUGUCGGGAGAAGGUGAUGACGAGGAAUUAAACGAAUUGCAACAUAGCACAACAUCUACAGUUGAAACGGGAGAAGAGGCAUAUGAAGACAGUUUAACCAAAUCAAGAGGUACGCCACAGGAAAGGACAACUCCAGACAAUGUGCGGACACAGUCGGGGGAGAGAGUCUCCACUCCAGUCGGCCUUCCUCAGCCACGGUCACCAUCUGGACUCGUUGGAAGCUUCGAGCGUCAAGAGUCAGUCGCCACAACUGAAGCGCGCUUAAGAAUGGAAGGAGUUGAACUUAAGGAAGAGUGGCAGGAUGAGGACUUCCCAAGGCCCCUCCCAGAAGAAGAGGAGCUUGAAGAUGACCUUUUCGCAGGAACCUCUGAGGAGGGAGACCCUGGCUAUGCAAUGACCCAUGGCAAGAAGGCCAAGAAAAAGCUCGCAGCUCCAGACAUCAGUCUUACACUGGACCGCAGUGAAGGUUCGCUUCUCUCUGAUGAGCUGGAUGAGAGCACAGAGCUGGACCUGGACGACAUCGACACUCCAUCAGACAACAGUAAUGAGUUUGAAUGGGAAGAUGAUCUCCCUAAGCCGAAAACCACAGAAUUGCUGCAGAAAGGUGUGGAGUCGGUUCAGGAGUAUUCAGCCUUGGAGGAGAGGGAGGAGGGUAGACGCUGGAGGGUGUUUCGUUUUGGAGACCAGGAGCACAGAGUGGACAUGAAGGCUAUUGAACCUUACAAGAGGGUUAUCAGUCAUGGAGGCUACUAUGGAGAUGGUCUGAAUGCCAUAAUUGUGUUUGCUGUGUGCUUUAUGCCUGAGAGCAAUCAACCAAAUUACAGAUACAUCAUGGACAAUUUAUUCAAGUAUGUCAUCGGCACACUGGAGCUUUUGGUCGCUGAGAACUAUAUGAUUGUGUAUUUAAACGGGGCAACAUCUCGGAAAAAGAUGCCAACUGUCGGCUGGCUCAGAAAGUGUUACCAGCAGAUCGAUAGGAGGUUACGGAAGAAUUUGAAGUCCUUGAUAAUUGUACACCCCUCUUGGUUUAUUCGCACCUUGCUGGCUCUCACAAAACCCUUUAUAAGCUCCAAAUUUAGUCAGAAAAUCAAGUACGUGUACAGCUUGACAGAUCUUGCUGAACUAGUUCCAAUGGAGUACGUGUCUAUACCAGAUUGUAUCAAACAGUUUGACGACGAAAAAAAUAGGAAAAGCCACAAAAGGUAUAUGCACUUUCACCCAGGAAUCGACCAAGAUAUGCACGGCAAAGCGGAGAUCGCCACUGCUGCUGUUCCAGAGUGACCCUGCUCGCACUGCGUGAUGUGGAGGAGAACGAUGAAGAAUGUUUAGAACUGCAGCCACUCUCAUGUUUAUGUGACUGGAGACUUCUUUGUGUCAGGAAAAGUGCCUUUUGCGAAACGAUGCUGCCUGUUACAUCAUGGAACUUUUUUUGUUUUUGUUUUUUGCUGUAUUUGUGUAUCAAGCAGCUUGAUCUUCAACAUUGUGUCCACAUGCUGUCUGAAAUGUUUUUAAUCCUUUUUAUUUACUCUGGUAUAUCCUGUCAACCUUAGCUUAUCGGUGUUUCCUAGUCCACUGUUGUAUCUACACUUUAUUUAAGGCACUCUGUUACAAGUGGUUGGUGCAUGUUCUGCUUUAUUACAUUUAAACAUAUGUAUAUUUAUAUUCAAAAGGUGUCAAAGGAGAGAAAUUAAUAUAUUUUUAUGGUUGAUCUAUUUUAAACUGCAUUUUACAUCUUUGACCCACCGAGUGGGAUUUCACAGAGCGAGUUUUGACGGCACCUUUUUCACCGUUCACUGCUGAUGUUCUCUGUUAAAAUCCUGCCUGGGGAAAAUAAAGUUGUAUUUUUUUUGCCAUUCACUUGAAUGUACCCUCUGACUCGUGGAGGUUGAACAUUUGUGAAUCUCAAAGAUGUAGGUCUUAUUAUUUCCUCCGAGUAAAGCCAUAGAUCCAGA